CCAAGCUCCUCCCCGCCGCGGGGACGUGCACUCGCUCGGCGGACCAUGGAGGCGGCGUGGCGGCGGCUGCGGGCGGGUGGCGGAGCCAGCGCCCGGCGCUCCGCGGUGUGGCUGCUCCUGCUGGCGGUGGCAGCGGCGGGAGGAGGCGAGGCGGCGGAGUCGGCGCGGCAGCGCGGGGACGAGCAGUGUCAUUAUUACGCGGGCGGGCAGGUCUACCCCGGGGAGGCGGCUCGUGUGCCCGUCACCGACCAUUCGCUGCACCUCAGCCAGGCCAAGAUCUCUAAACCAGCACCUUACUGGGAAGGAACAGCAGUCAUUAAUGGAGAGUUUAAAGAGCUGAAAUUAACGGAUUAUGAAGGAAAAUAUCUUGUCUUCUUCUUCUAUCCUCUUGACUUUACAUUUGUGUGUCCAACUGAGAUAAUCGCCUUCAGUGACAGAAUCGAAGAAUUCAGAGCAAUAAACACCGAAGUAGUAGCAUGUUCUGUGGACUCAAAGUUCACUCACUUAGCAUGGAUUAAUACUCCCCGAAAACAAGGAGGACUUGGACCUAUGAAGAUUCCACUUCUUUCAGAUUUGACGCACCAGAUUUCAAAAGAUUAUGGAGUAUAUCUGGAAGAUCAAGGACAUGCGCUUAGAGGCCUUUUCAUUGUUGACGAUAAGAGAAUCCUUCGACAGAUCACGAUGAAUGACCUUCCUGUUGGGAGAUCAGUGGAUGAAACACUUCGUUUAGUACAAGCAUUCCAGUACACAGACAAACAUGGAGAAGUUUGCCCUGCUGGUUGGAAACCUGGCAGUGAAACUAUCAAACCAGAGGAAGCCAUGAGAGUGUGGUGGCCAAGGGAAGAACUAUAAUUCCAGAUCCAGCUGGAAAACUGAAAUAUUUUGAUAAACUAAACUGAGGCUCGCUCCUGUUGAAUUACAUAGGUCACAUUCCGUUUGAUUUUGCCAAUAAAAUUUCAUUAAUUUUGUUA